AUGAGUAACGGCGCGUCCGUUGAUCCAUCGGCUGCUCAGCAGCAAUACGAAGCGUGGCAACAGUACUACACACAGCAACAGGCCGCCGGGCAAGGAGGUCCACCUCAGGUAUGUUGUUGUUAUUGCAAUUGCUGCUUUUAGAAGAUAUUGAUGGUUAGGUACCGUAAUACCCUAACACAGUACUUAUAAAGGGGUUACCGUUUCAAAAGAAAAACGUUCCUUUUGUAUGUAUGGUUUGAACCAAAUUAUCGCGCUUUUCAUACCGGAGUUACGCCGUGAAUGUCAAAAAAAGUCAAAAGCAAUUCUAAAAGAUUCCUGAUUGGUAUAACAUAUAAUUUUGGAUCUCCAGACAAAAGAAAUUUAGUGAAACUAGAAUUAUCCGUAAAACCCCGACUAUUUUUUCAUAAUUACAUGUUUAAAUAUCCUCUACGGUUCGAGCUCAGCUCAAUUGUAAUUUUUCACUUUUGACAACCCAUGUGUAACCGCAAACUCUUCAGCUCCCUCCGAAUCCAGCUCAAGGUGGCGGUUAUACUGGCCGUUUUGAGAACCCGAACGCUCCAGCCAUGCCCGCUGCGCCGCAAUAUGGAAGCCAAGCCCCUUAUGGCGGUGGGCCUCCACCGCAAAGCCGUUGGGGUGACCGAGAGUAAGUUUUUUUCCGGUUUUGGACUCUAGGACCCCCAUUUCGGUAUGAACAUUAAGGUAUCGGCGAAAUUAAAGGUCAGGUCUCAACGGGUCGGCAAAUGGUCGUAAGAGUUUAUAUGUAAUUUUUGGUGUUCAUCAUGUGUUUGGUAUUUUUUCGAAGGGUCCGCGCCGAAAUCGGGCCGACGGACCCGACAUUUGAAAUAAUGGUCUAUAAUAUAGAUAUGGUUUAAAACAAGGUCAUGGAAGCAGUUGAACAAGGUCAUCAAUGGGUGUCCGGGUGUGUCGGAAGGGAGAAAUAGUUUGCUGUAACCGGCAUUGAGUGAAUUUAGAGAUUUAAUGGCCUAAUUAGUCGGUAAUUUCAUGGUUAAUAUGAGAAAUUUUCAAAUAGGCCUGAAAUUUCAACCGACACACCCCAAAACACCUAACAUCAAUGGAGAGUCGACGACAUACUAACGGUCAUAUUAUUUUCAGUUCCAGCGGAGCGGACUCGCGUGGUCCGUACAGAGGUAUUAUUUAUAAUUGGAUCUGUUUUUCUUGUGAUUGGGUCUUGUACGAGGUCUGGGGCUGAAGGGAUUCAGGGGAGGUGUAAUUGGUCAUUAUUGAUAAUUUACAAAGAUAUUGCAACGGUUUUGGGAGUUUAUCAAAAAAAAUACUGGUUUAUGGGAGUUUAAUGUCUAAAGGAAUAUAAAGAAGUUUCUAAUGGUCAUUUCAUGAUAGAAACUUAAGAAAUAAGGUCUACCCAGAACAAUAGUGCCCCUUCCAUCCCUGGGAUUGGUUAGAAUAGGCGUCUUUUUAUGUUAUAAUAGCCUGUGUUUCUUUCAGGUGGCAGUAGCGGUGGUUACGGCGGACAAGGUGGCUAUUCAAGUGGUGGAGGAGGCGGUGGAGCCGGAGAAGGAUUUGAUCGGGCCCCACCACCAGGAGGAAAGAUGAUAUUCGUCAGUGGACUUCCUCAAAAGUAGGCGAUAUCAAAUUUAAUAUCAUUUGUUUGAAAUUUUAGUGCGAAUGAACCCUACAUCCACGAUGUGUUCAGCUCAUUAGGACCUAUUGAAGCGAAUCCGAACAACGGAAAGCCCAAGAUCAAGAUUUAUUCGGCCCAUGGAGUUUCCAAAGGAGAAUGCACCAUCUGCUUCGAAAGUGAAGAAACUGCCAAGCAGGUCAUCGCAACUUAUAAUGGUAUGUUGCUUGUCGUAUAUGGGGUUAUUUGGGAGGUCUGGUCAAAUCGUGUCAAUGAUGAACAACAUCCUUGCUCUUUGAACGGGACUCAAAACCCUCCGGCGAAAAUUGGCCAAUUUCUUUGAUUUUGGUCAAUUUUUUGACCGGUUGUGAGAGUUGGCCCGCUGUGAUCAUCUUUGGCCUCUGAGACGUGUAUUCGACCAGAAAAUAGGGAUUUAUCAUGUUCUAGAUAAUUUCUUUACUUGGUUUCGUUAAUAAUCAAGAGUAUUUUUAGGAAAACCCUUCCCCGGCACCGAUAACAUUUUGUCGGUGAGCGUUGCCGAAUUCGGUGGCGGCAGUGGUGGAGGUGGAGGCCGUGGUGGCGGAUUCCGCGGCGGCCGAGAUGGAGGAGGAUUCAGAGGAGGCGAUCGACGCGGCGGUGGAUUUGGAGGCGGUCGUGAUGGCGGAAGAGACGGUGGAUACGGCGGAGGACCCCCUCGAGGCCCACCAAGAGACGGCGGAUAUGGUGGCGGACGCCCCGGCGGUGGAUAUGGCGGAGGCCGCGACGGCGGCGGCCGAGAUGGGGGAUAUGGAGGAGGUCCACCAAGAGACGGCGGUGGACGUGACGGAGGAUACGGCGGAGGAAGAGACAACCGAGGACCACCAAGAGAUGGAGGCGACAGAAGAGGAGGUGGCGGAUUUGGAGGGCCACGAGAAGGCGGACGCGAUGGGGGAUAUGGCGGAGGAAGGGAAGGUGGAUAUGGAGGAGGAAGAGACGGAGGAUUUGGAGGUGGAAGAGAUGGCGGCAGACCUGGAGGUGGCUUUGGUGGAGGCCGAGGAGGACCAGGCGGUGGUGGCGGAUUCAGAGGAGGUCGUGGUGGACCUGGAGGACCAAGUAAGAACCGAUUUUAUAUUGAUCUUAUAUAGGUGUUAUCGUGAAAUUAGAAAGGGUUGGGGUUGAUUUUUUAUUCUUUUUUGCUGAUAUUAUUGUCCAAGUUGCAGGAGGCGGAGGACCGGGAGGUCGUGGAGGCGGCUCUAACCCACGUGGAGGAAACGCCGAAGUCCGCGCCAACGAUUGGAUGUGUCCAUGCGGAAACAACAACUUUGCCUUCAGAAGAGAAUGUAACUCUUGUAAGGCGCCGAGAUCAGGCGGAGGUGGAGGAGGCGCCCCACCUCCAUCUGGCCCACCUCAACCCCUCUCCGCAUACCAAGGCGGACCCCCUCAACAUCAAGGAGGAGGAGCAGUACGAGGGCCGAGAGGAAACGACCGACAUCAACCCUACUAA